AUGGAACAAGUUGUCCAGUUCUGGAGUGCUGGUUUGUCCAGGAGAAACCAGGUAGAGGUGGGGGCUUCCAUGCUGCUAUGAGCCAGGAGAAGACACUACUUUACAUCAAUACAGACCCAGACAGUGAAGAAACCAGGUCAAAGCAGGGACGAUCUACAGACCAUGAUAGAGUCUACUACGUCACUGGUCAGUACUUAUCAUUAUACACUGCUCAAAAAAAUAAAGGGAACACUUAAACAACACAAUGUAACUCCAAGUCAAUCACACUUCAGUGAAAUCAAACUGUCCACUUAGGAAGCAACACUGAUUGACAAUACAUUUCACAUGCUGUUGUGCAAAUGGAAUAGACAACAGGUGGAAAUUAUAGGCAAUUAGCAAGACACCCCCAAUAAAGGACUGGUUUUGCAGGUGGUGACCACAGACCACUUCUCAGUUCCUAUGCUUCCUGGCUGAUGUUUUGGUCACUUUUGAAUGCUGGCGGUGCUUUCACUCUAGUGGUAGCAUGAGACAGAGUCUACAACCCACACAAGUGGCUCAGGUAGUGCAGCACAUCCAGGAUGGCACAUCAAUGCGAGCUGUGGUAAGAAGGUUUGCUGUGUCUGUCAGCGUAGUGUCCAGAGCAUGGAGGCGCUACCAGGAGACAGGCCAGUACAUCAGGAGACGUGGAGGAGGCCGUAGGAGGGCAACAACCCAGCAGCAGGACUGCUACCUCCGCCUUUGUGCAAGGAGGAGCAGGAGGAGCACUGCCAGAGCCCUGCAAAAUGACCUCCAGCAGGCCACAAAUGUGCAUGUGUCUGCUCAAACGGUCAGAAACAGACUCCAUGAGGGUGGUAUGAGGGCUCGAGCACAUGUGACAGAUGUGACAGAGUCUGGAGACGCCGUGGAGAACGUUCUGCUGCCUGCAACAUCCUCCAGCAUGACCGGUUUGGCGUGGGUCAGUCAUGGUGUGGGGUGGCAUUUCUUUGGGGGGGCCGCACAACCCUCCAUGUGCUCGCCAGAGGUAGCCUGACUGCCAUUAGGUACCGAGAUGAGAUCCUCAGACCCCUUGUGAGACCAUAUGCUGGUGCGGUUGGCCCUGGGUUCCUCCUAAUGCAAGACAAUGCUAGACCUCAUGUGGCUGGAGUGUGUCAGCAGUUCCUGCAAGAGGAAGGCAUUGAUGCUAUGGACUGGCCCGCCCGUUCCCCAGACCUGAAUCCAAUUGAGCACAUCUGGGACAUCAUGUCUCGCUCCAUCCACCAACGCCACGUUGCACCACAGACUGUCCAGGAGUUGGCUGAUGCUUUAGUCCAGGUCUGGGAGGAGAUCCCUCAGGAGACCAUCCGCCACCUCAUCAGGAGCAUGCCCAGGCGUUGUAGGGAGGUCAUACAGGCACGUGGAGGCCACACACACUACUGAGCCUCAUUUUGACUUGUUUUAAGGACAUUACAUCAAAGUUGGAUCAGCCUGUAGUGUGGUUUUCCACUUAAAUUUUGAGGGUGAUUCCAAAUCCAGACCUCCAUGGGUUGAUACAUUUGAUUUCCAUUGAUCAUUUUUGUGUGAUUUUGUUGUCAGCACAUUCAACUAUGUAAAGAAAAAAGUAUUUAAUAAGAUUAUUUCAUUCAUUCAGAUCUAGGAUGUGUUAUUUUAGUGUUCCCUUUAUUUUUUUGAGCAGUGUAUAUUAAAUAGGACAAUCUCUUUAGAAAUUAUGACUGAUUUGAGUGACAAACCAGUGGCUGUUAAAGGUGCAGUCAGUCAAUUUGGUGUGACACCAAGCCUCUAAUUUCAAUUAUACAAGGCUACAAGAGCGUUGCCAUUUUAGACAGAGCUUUUCAGAAAAAUAAAUGUUAUUUCAUUGAAAGGAUAACUUCUAUAGACAAAUCUCCCCCUCUCUCCUCAGACCCAGCAGCUACCCUCUGCAGUUCUUCUCUGCACCCACCAGAGGGCUCAGUCCAGAAGCCACAGUGCGAGAUCAACCCCUUCAUGCCCCAGCCAUCCACCGUCCAAUGGACAGUCCCACUCACGGACUCUGCCCACAGUCCUAUCUACCUGCAAGCCGACUGGUACUCUGCUGCCUUGCAGGGCCUUGACGGACAACUGGGCCUCUCCAAUGUCAUGCGUGCUCCCACAGCAACCAAGGAACCCAAUGGUAUGACUGAAAAGGAAUGAAAUUCUUCUUGAGCAAGGGUUGUAAACAACAGACAGAUUGUCAUAUUUAACCAUUAUAAGUGAUAAAAAUGGACUUCUAAUCAAAAUGACAUGGUGUUACCAACACCACAGUGAUAGUGACUUAUUAUUAACCAUAAUUUAAAUGAAUUUGUCAUACACCAUGAAGAAGUAUAGCAACCAGUGAUGUUUAUUACCACGUAAUGUCACAGGUAAAGUAGUAUUAAAGUGUAACGUCUCUCUCCUACCCCUCUCUCUCUCCCAGUGGUGCUCAGUGUGUCCAGUAGAACCUCCAUGAUCCGUUCCAGACUCGGGGAACCAGUGGUUCUAGACUGUGGGUUCUGGGUGGAGGCCUCUUCUCCUCUCUCUGGCUCUGGCUUCGCCGUGGAGUGGCGCUACCAGUUCAGGGGCGAUGGACGUCUGGUCCUGGCCUACGACGGCAAGAGUGACCGAUUUGCCGAGACCCAGGAAGAGGGAGCGGGGCUAGACUUCACGGCUCUGCACGAGACAGGAAAUGCAUCACUGAUCCUGCAGGAAGCUCAAGUGCGCCACUCAGGAACCUACAUCUGCACGGUGUACUUGCCCUAUCUCCUGGCUCAGGUGGUAGUGGAGCUGGAGAUUGUAGGUGAGGAGAGAUGAAUAUGCUUGAUUAGUCUGCCAAUACUAAAGCAUUGCAAUGUUUGUUUUAGAUCUGUUUGGUAGAAUCUCAGCCCCUAUGUAUUUACAUGUUUAUUCACUGAAACAACUAGUGUAACACCAUAUACAGUACAUUCUUAUAAUGGUAUAUCAUGGUCAACUAAAUGGCAUUAGAUUAUAUGCCAUAAGUGUGUAUUAUCCUAUCUUAACUAAUUCUCUCCCUCCUCUUUCUCCCUCUAUCUCUCCCAGAGCCUCCGUCCCUCUCCAUCUUCCCCUCCCCGCUCCCUCUCUCCGUGCCCGGACAGGUGGUGACGGUGCAGUGCGAGGCGUCAGGAUUCUCCCCCCUCUCCAUGGAGUUCCGCUGGGAGUUAACAGGGCCAGAUGGUAGGGUCAGGCCCCUGAGUCAGGGAAGCGUGACGGGCCACAGACAGGGCCCAGACAGCACUUACAGCCAGACCAGCCGUCUGGAGUUGGACUCAGCCAAGCUGGACCUGGGCCGCGGCGGGGAGGUCACCUGUGUGGCGGUCCACCCUGGAGGCACCCGGCGGGCCAGCGUCACCCUCAAUGUCACCGGUGAGAGAAUUUAAUAGAGCUGCAUUGAGUUGAUGGAUGUUGCCCCUAUCCACUGAUUCAGAGCCAGAUAUUUCUAUCCCUGUGAAGGUAAACGUUAGGAUUGGGGUAAGGUAAUCUGAUCCUAGAUCUGUGGUUAAGGGCAGUGUCUCUAAGCCUACUAGUAUCAUUUCUGAUAUGCAAUUACAGUGAUCUGAAAAGUCAAAUAAUUUAGACUUGAUACAACACAACUGACCCUGAGUAUGUUUAAAAUUUACUCCCUAUCUCUUCACCCCAAUCAGGUGUCAGUGCUCCCUCCAUUGAGGACUCUAUGGCGAUGGUUGCUGUGGCCCUGGGGACAUAUGGUUUGAUCAAGGUCGUCUCCUGGACAUUUAGCUCUGGUAUCUACAAUCAGUUUGAACUAAGAUACACAAAAACUGCACUAAUGUAAUGUAAGAUUUUGAAGCCGUAAAGCUACUGUGUCCAUCCAAAGAAUGAAUUUGGAUCUUGUGUGUCAAUCUAAGGCUUGACCUUUUCUUGCUUUUAUAGGGCCCGAUGAUGCUAACUCACAAGAGAAGGUAAUUGCACUUUCAUAAAUGUUGUCAGACAUAUUUUGUAGUUACAUGUAACUACAAUGUAUCUGUGGAUAUUUCCCAGCUAACAUUGUCUUGCCCAAAAAUGUUUUUAUCUCAAGCUGUAUCCCCCUAGUUAAAACUCCAGCCCAUGGAUUACGAUAUAAUAUGAUGACAUUAUGUUUGAUGUAUUAGUGAAUUUUGAAUUAGGUCUUUGGAUUUCUCCCAUUGUCUGUUUUGUUAGUUUACACACAUAAGGCUCAUCCUGAUCCUCUCUCAAUUACAGGAAGUGAAGUAAAUGUGGAAACAUCUGGGAUUCCCAGGUGAGUGUGUAAUGGAAUCAACAAAGAUGGAAUUUCAGGAAUAAACGUGUACCGUUUGUAGUAGGUUGUGGAAGGUGGUACAUGGAAAGAAGAUAUUGAGUUUCGGACAGCAGUUGACAAUUAAUUAUAUGACAAGGGGUCGGGCGAGAAAAAUAUUUUAAUAAAUGACUGAUUUAAAAAUUGACAAAUUAAAAUACUGUUUUACAACAGUGUGAGAAUUCAUCUCUAGAAGAACUCAAGAGACUUGUGCACAUGAGCAUGUGUACAUGUGGAUGCAGAUCAUUUUGUGUUGUGUUAUUAGUGGCUCUAUUGGGUUAAUUGAACCUGUAUUUAAAGAUUGAACCCUGUCAUUAUUUGCUUUCUAUGGAUUCUGAAGGUAAAUAUAAGACAAAAUCUUUUCCAAUUGGAAUAUCAUUUAUUUUCAUCAUAAAAUGUGUUGUAUGUAUAGUAAUUCUCUGGAAGUGUGUUUAUAUCAUUUGGUUUGUUUUGGGUAAUGUUUAAUUGUAUCUUGCCUUGU